UUACAGCGGCACUUGUUGAAUUCAACCCUUGGAGAAUAGAGAGAGAGAGAGAGAGAGAGAGAGAGAAACAGAGGGAGAGAUAAUGACAGGGAGGUGGAGGGAGGCUUUGAGACGGCACUAGAACAGACAGUGAGCAGGGAGAAUGGGGCUUUGGAGGAUAUAGAGAUAGAACAUAGGGCUGUGUGAAGACAGACAGAGAUAAAAAAGUCAGUCAGACGGCGGUGGCGGAUCGUCUUCUUGAAACAGUGGGAAUGACACUUUAAGUGAAAAGAGGGAGUCAACCAGACGGAGUACAUCAGAGUGCUCUCCCUCCAUCUCUUUAACUACUCUUCGUCUGUCCUGGUCCCGGCUGCUGCUCCUGCCGCUGCUGCUGCUGCUGGUGUGUUUGUGUGUAUCCAGGGUCCAUGGUGUGUCUGAACCACAGGACUGACUUAACACAGAUGCCUCUCUCAGUGGCAGAGUCUGCAGUGAAUAUCUGAAGCCCCCAUCUUCCUCGGCCUCUCUGCCAACAUGUCCCAGCUGCUCCAUGUGGAGAUACCCAACUUUGGAGCCACGGUCCUCGGCUCCCUCAACGAGCAGCGCCUGCUGGGACACUACUGUGAUGUAUCCAUCCUGGUCAAAGGUCAGGCUUUUAAAGCCCACCGGGCCGUUUUGGCUGCCAGCAGCCUCUACUUCCGUGACCUCUUCAGCAGCUCCACCAAGACCCAGUUUGAGUUGCCCUCCUCAGUCACACCUGCUUGCUUUGAGCAGAUCCUCACUUUCUGCUACACAGGAAAGCUAACAAUGGCAGCUAGCGAACAGCUGGUGGUCAUGUACACAGCUGGCUACCUCCAAAUUCAGCAUAUAGUUGAAAGAGGCAUGGACCUAAUGUUCAAAGCCAACUCACCUCACUGUGACUCGCAAACAGCGGGGUCUUUAGAGGAAACAUGUUCCGAACCACAGAGUCCCUCUAAUAAUGGUAACGGCCUGGCGGUGGCUGCCCUGCUGGGAACCCCUGGUUGGCCUCAGUCUUUGCUCCUUCAGCGUAAGAUUAAACUAGAAGGGGGCGAACCGACACCCCUGACGAUACCCUCAAUACAAAGCAAGAUUUCUUCAUCAGAGUUAAGCAGUCGGCUGGCGAGGGCGAGUUCGUUGUUCUACACGACGGCUGGAGGGAACCCAGUCCCCGGUAUGCCUACUUACCACCUUCAAGGGGCCGGCGGAGGUGGAGCCGGAGGAGGAUUAGGAGUAGAAAGGUCCAGUCCUGGAUCGUCCAGCUUGCCCACCACUGACAGUCCAACGUCCUACCAGAAUGAGGAUGAGGAGUUUGAGGAAGAGCCCUAUGAUGGAAUGACAGAGGAUGCCUACAGUCAUCUCUAUGGACGUUCAGCUAACCCCUAUGGGAUCCAGGACAAGCCAGAGAUGGCGGUGGUGCCCUUGGCCUUGGAGAACCGCAACUGUGUCCUGAUCCGCCGGGACCUGGUGGCGCUGCCUGCAAGCCUCAUCAGCCAGAUAGGCUACCGCUGCCACCCGAAGCUCUACACCGAGGGCGACCCCGGGGAGAAGCUGGAAUUGGUAGCUGGUACGCAGGUGUUCAUGACUCGAGGCCAGCUGAUGAAUUGUCAUCUAUGUGCCGGGAUCAAACACAAAGUCUUGCUCCGCCGGCUGCUAGCUACGUUCUUUGAUCGAAACACUUUAGCCAAUAGCUGUGGGACAGGUAUCCGUUCCUCUACUAGUGACCCCAGUAGGAAACCCCUGGACAGCAGGGUCCUCAACGCUGUAAAACUCUACUGUCAGAAUUUCAACCCUAACUUCAAGGAGAGUGAAAUGAAUGUGAUUGCUGCCGACAUGUGCACCAACGCGAGGCGGGUGCGCAAGAGAUGGUUGCCGAAGAUCAAGUCCAUGCUGCCUGACGGCAUGGAAGUAUACCGUGCAGGAAUGGGCAUGGGUGCUGCUGUGGGUCUUGGCCUGGCAAUGGGCGCCUCUCAACAAGGCCCCUUCGAGGCCGACUUCAAGAACCUAGAGCAGAGGUAUUAUCCAGAUCGUAAGGACCCUCUAAGGACUCACCCACCGCUCACAGAGGGCAGCCCCGGGUCCAGGGCGGCUGGAGCUGAGGCUGAAGGCGAUGGAGUUGUGCAGGACGAGCAAGAGGAAGAUGAGGAUGAAGCUGGGUUAGAAGGUGUCGAUGCAUCACUUGGGGCACCCACUUUGAUCCCAGGUGCUGAGGCGGGCAAUUGUCGAGACACGCCGUCGGAGCAGCAAGUGGAAGGUUUUGAACAAGGUCUGAGGGUGAAUGGACAGUGAACAUCCCUUGUUGGGAGCUGCCUCUCACAUUGUGAAGUCUGUUUUAACACCUCGUUUUCUUUUGCUUGCAUCUUGUCCAGCGCUCUUUCUUCUCCUCUGUGCUUCCUCACCAGGAAUCGUCAGCACACAAAGCAGCGCUCGUAGAUCUCGCUAACAGAAAUUUGUCACACAUGCAUGCGCACCCAUGUGCUUGUGUACACACUUACUUAAUUGAUAGUGGAAGUAGACACAGGCAUUGUGUUAGCACAUCAAGCAAAUCAAUGAUUUCUGCUCCACCCUCUUCUUCGUAUGUGCUGUAUUGACUCAGUAUUUCAGCUUUUGCAGCAAUAUCACAAAGGCCUGAUACCAGAACAAAUGGCUGUAAUGAUUCGUGAGAUCAGCGCAGCACAGAAGUAACACUUGCUGGCUGGCAGUCCACAGAGUGUCUGAUAUGAUGGUUUUAAAAAUCAUUCAGUUUUCUGAAAGAAUAAAACCCUAGGGAGAAACAGAUCAGAGAGACAGUUCUCUUAAUAAGCAAUUAAAGGUCAAGCACUGAAUUAGCACAAUUGAACUAAACAAUUUAAAUUUCCUGUUAUAAAAGAGGACUGUCAUUUUUAUGAUAAAGAAGAGGAAAAAGGGUUUCCUGGGAAAGUUAAAGACUUCUCCGCAAUCUAACUAAUAAUCUAUCACAUGGACUUGUUUUUUCAUGCAUACUUUCCCAUGACACAUUGGAUUAGAUUGUCAAUGUGAUGCCUGUGUCUGCUCCAGACAGCCCCCGCUAACCACACACACACACAGAGACACACAAACACACACAUGUGCACCCAUUUAAGAUAAUAGCCUUUUAAUAUAUGCACCAAUGCAUUGAAUACACCAUUCAAAGAAAUACAAUAACGUAACGAUGCUUUUUAACUUUGAAGAAUCCUUUUUGAUUACCAGUUUUCAUUCUGUCUUGGAGAUACAUGGACAAGAACAAACACUAGAACCCACGCUUGCAUGCAUGAAUAUAAACAACGGAUACAGAGAAUUUAUGGAAAACACAGCAACAACAUAAACAACAAAGCCACAAACCUGCAUAGAAAUGAUUUAAAAAAACAAACAGCUACUGUUGCCUCGAGAUAUACAAUUACUACUUAAAAGAACUCGUUUAUCCAUUUCUCCCCGGGACGUUUCUCAUAGACCACAGUCUGACACAUGUUAGAACUGAUACUGAUGUUACCCAGAAGUGACUGUGUUUGACACAGUACUGGUUGGAUUCUUUUUUUUGUUUUUUUUGUUUGUUUACGGAGCGCUCUGUCACCACAGGUAGAGGAAACUGACGUGCACUACACCAAGUGGUAGAAGAAAUAAAACAUGCCAUUGAGAGGCACGGUUUUACCUUGAUGUGGUGCGAUACUACAGCGUCCUGCUUCCGUCCUGCUUUUUUCUCCCCAGGGGGGUGGGAGGGGUGUCGGGGGGUAAGUUAUUGAAUAAAACGUAUAAGAGCAAUUUCUGCUGGCUUAUUGCAUUUGCACUCAAAUCUAAAAAAGGUUAAAGGUGGGAGACUAAAGAGUUUGCCUAAAUGUGACUGUACUAAAGACUGAAUCUUUUGUGUCCUCCACAUCACCCUGAUUAUUUAUUCAAUUUGGGGUAUUGUGGGGGAAAAAAACAAAUGGUCUUUCUGACAAUGACUGUUUCUAAAACAAAUAAUCUGGGACUUGGAUGUCACAAGGCAAUUUCGAACAGCAGCAUAAACCUUAAUUUGUCUUUUCGUAGAAUUUUUUUCUUUUCUUCUUUACUGUGUUUUCACACUAUCUGCCACAUGUAAGGACGCAGUCCGAGCAGCCUUUCUUUGUUAUUGUUUUGUGAAAAGAUUUUUGAAAAGCUUUGCUGUCCUUAUGUUCCAUUUUCCAAGUUUUCCCGCAGAUUUAAUCACGAGAUAAGACUAUCGCGCCCCGUCAAUGUAUUAACCCCAGGGUAAUUCUAAGCAACCGCCAUUAUUUUGGGAAAAUACAAGGAAUUCUGAAGUGGUUGAAAAUAGAAAAUGUCAUAUUUUAUCACCACAGAAUGUGAAAGCAUGAAUGAACAACUAAGCAGAAACAACUGAAUAUGCCCUCAGUGUAUAUUGGACCUGUUUGUUUGAAACAUCAGUGCUGUGUCACUGCGAAGGUUGGGCCAGAUUAUUCUCUGUCUGUUAGACAAAUAUUUUUUUGGGGAGGGGGGGGGGGGUGCUUUAAGAUGGCCCUGCACAAGAAACACAGGGUUAAAAUUGCACUAGUUAAUAAUAGUAAUGACGUUUACAAAUUUAUUUUUCUUUCUUAUUUUGUUUUGUGGUUGAAGAAAUGUGAUCUGCCAUCGAUAAAACAGGGCUGUGACCGAAUGGCUGAGCUGAUGGAUGAAUGUAAACUGUAGCACUGCUUUGGUGAGGGCUCCGAGCCUUGACUGAAUAUAUGGUUAAAUACUGAAUCUCUUUUUUAUAUAUCUAUAUGACUCACAUCUUUUCUUAAUUGUAUACUCUCAAACAAAUGGGCCAUAAUAUAAAACUAAUCUGGCUGUUCGGCUGGAUGAUGUCCUAACCUAAAGCUUUAGUGAUGUUGUGAUUUUUUUUAAGGAACAUAUUUGAACAGGUCUUCCACUGUGGCAUACACAGGGCGAGGUUCAAGUACAGGCUUUUAUUACACCGCUGUUUAUACUAUCUCUAUCCCAACAGUUGUGUCUCUAAUGUUGAAAUUACACGUGUGUUCGCAAAACUGAAGAUUUCUUAAAAAUUCAGCAAAUUAUUUCUUAUUUUCUAAUUUAUUAAGUGACAGUUCCCAAAGUUGAUCUUGUAAAAAAAAAAUACAAAUAAAAGAAUAAAGGUGUUCAGUUGCUUGUUGAAGCCACUACCUUAAUGCACUUGUGAUUAUUUGUCAUUCAAAGUAAUAGUCUUCCCAAAAUGCAUACACAUUUAACUCCAAUAAUUAAUUUAAGUUACAAAAUACAGCAUGCCACCCCUAGUAAAUUCAAUCAUAAAUGUUCUACUGUGCAGUGAAAUUAUCAAAUAUGUUAAAUACAUUUUCUCUCUUUAUAUUUUCAUGCACUAUAAACCUAUGCUUGUCCAAGGCCUGGUUUGGAACAGGUGUUACUUAAACUACUUAGGUUUUUGAGGUGUUUAAUGACCUGCAGUGGGGAAACACUGAUAUACUCCACAGUUAUCUUGAUAAAGGGGUGAGGAGCAGUGCCUUAGACUGUGACUGUGUGGGCGUGGAUGUUGUGUUGUGAAUGUUUCGGUUCAGAGAGAAACUAGACAAAAUAGUGGCAGAGUAAGUCUAUAAAUUCACCAAUAAUAUUGGCUUUGAGAAACUUUGCUUAUAGAAUUAUAUAUGUAACAAUUUAUAUAUUAUUUUGUAGCUUUAUGUUUUUGCAACAGAUUUACGGCACUUGGACACAUUCAACAGCCAAUCAGAAACAACCAAGACUCAAAGCAAAAAAAGGAAAAAUGAAUCUAACAUAUUAUUUCUAUUUUAGUCACACCCAAGAAAAACAAAUCACACAUUCAUAAGAACUGUUUAUGUUAUGUCUUCUGAUAUAUUCACAUUUUAAAUAGUUUUAUCCACUUUGUCAACAAUAACCCUUCUUUUCAUUUGUUUUUCUUCCUUCUUUCCUGGUUGGGGCCUUUUUCUUGUGCAGGGUGAAAUUGAACAUGAAUAAAGUUGCACUAAAAAAAAAAAAAUGUCAGAGAAUGUCAUGGCUAACCCUUGGGAGGAAGGGCUCUAUUGAAAAAAGUCCUGUAAACUGUAUGUAAUGUAUUUUUUGUAAAAGUUUCUUUCAUGGAAAGCAGAAUCUUUUUUUUUCCUUUAAUUUAGUGACAUAAAUAUGGUACAAUAUCUGCCAUUCACCUGCAUGAUUUGAAAACCACGCUUUAAGAGAUGGACUGGCAUUGUUGAUUGAAAACACCCGAUUUUCCACAAAUUUUCUUUGCAAAUAAAUUGUUGUUUACUUUCUAAAACACUACAUAGUGCUCGCUUCACCCCCGCGUUGUUGUAAAACAAAUGUGGGCACAGUGGUUUUUCUUACUUUGAAUGGUCGAACUCAAAACAAUACAUUUAUAUGCAAAGAGACACUGGUAUCAUAAACUGCAUGCCAUUCAGAAAAACUUGUUCUAACCGGAUGUAACCUCUGAUCUUUAUGCACCAUGUAUUUUAUGCUGAAUAACUGUUGUCACUGUUGGCAAACAAAGACUCUUGCAACGAGUGGGGAUGGUAUUUUACCGCGCACCCUGGCCUUUUAUUGAAUGUUUAUUGACAAGAUUUACGACAAAGUAGAGUUUAAAGAGUGAAAUACAUAGAAUAACUACCCAGUUGACUGUGCAUUGAAACCUUCAGCAGACUCAGCAAAUGCACUUAAAGUUUAUACAGUAUGUGUAUGUGUGUGUCCUUGAAUAUAAUGCCAGCACUUUAGAACUAUACUUAGAAAAAUUUAAGAAAAAGAGGGAAAAUGUAAAGAGCGACCAAGGGUUCCGUGAACGAGGGGGGAAACGCAACUUUAAAGCCAUGUGUUCAGAGCGCUGACAAUCAGAAUAUGGGAUGAGAAUCAAAGUGCACUAUGGGAGAUCUGACAUGAGUUGCUGUGCUCUUGCUAUUUGCUUUGUCUUUCUCCAGCUUGCUUUGGUCUCUGCUCGCUUACUCUUUCCCAGAGUCGGGGGACAUUCUGAUGUUAACCCCAGCCUUCUAUAGUUAUUAUGUGUGUGUCUCUGCAACAAGGACUGAUACUUUGGUGCUUCGUGAACAGAGCUGUUCCAUGUUGACAUGGACCAUAUCUGUAAUGCUCUGUAGAGCGUGGGUCGAACUUAGCCCAGUCUGGGCUUAUUGGUAACUUCUUGAUGGGCAACAGUCUAAAUAUGACAAAAAAAAGAGGGUCUUAUCAUGCAACCUUACACAUUGAUCAUUAUAAUGUUCUUCACUAUCAACAGGGCCUGGCCCAGGCAAACUGGGAUGGGACAUCGACAGUGUUGACAACUGCUUUAUGAAAAAUGUUGAAAAUGUUUAUGCGCCUUCCGACUCAAGCAUCAAUAAUAUAUACAACAAGAAAAAUUGCAAGUUGCCACUUUUGACGUUGCAUAAGAAUAUACGUUUCAUUCCCAUCAUGGUUGUGUGCCACCACCAGUUUCGGUUGUGUAGUCUAAGAGUACAUGAUUUCUUUAAAUGCAAUACAGAAAAAUCUGCUUUCUAAUAAAACUCCUUACUUCACCAUA